AUGGAUUUAGAGUCAGAAGCCAGCUUGUUGAAGAAGGUAGUUAGGCAAACGUUCAACGCUUUAUCCAUCCAUUUUUCGAAAAGCUUUAAUGCUCCAUACCUCCAUUCACUUUCACCCCACGUUGAUAGGUUAUGUGGGUUUACAGUCUCCUUAGACCACUACUUGAAAAUCUAUAACAUGAAUGAUAGUAUAUUUGAGCUAACAAUCACUGACGAAGGAAACUAUAUAAUCAAUUUCAGCAAAGAUAUGCAAGGGAUUCCUAACCUUUCAAGAAUACGGCUUAUCAAAAGCCGUGUUGAGCUGUUCAACGCCACAUUAGACUCGUACCUUCAAUCUCAUUCUACCAUUUCAGCAUAUUCCACAGCUAGAUUGCCUGUCAUUCCAGAUCCAUACACUAUAGACUACACAAAGAAAUCAAACACAAAGAAAAGGCUACGGAAUGACAGCGCAAAAUUCAACUUCAAAGAAAGGAAAGUUGAAACGUCUAACUUCGGGGACUACAAGAUGUCCGUAUUGGAUAGAAUUCGACUCAAAGAGAAAUCGACCAAAGAAACUUCCUCCAGAAUGGAAGAAAAAUUAAAACAUGAAAACUAUGUCCGAAGUCAAAUGUUGAAAUUCUACGAAAUUCUUUACCAACUAUCCCCCAAGCCAUCUAGCAAAGUUACCCUAAAAACCUUUUCAACAAAGCAACUAAUUUCCACUAUUCAGGACUCAAUAAGUUUACCCUUAAGCGAUUCAAUCUGCCUAGAUGUGCUAAUCAAGUUGUGUGAUACCCUCAAUCAGCCGGAAAAACUAUCCAUCAUAGAAAAGAACGCAAUCAAGGUCGUAAAGAUAUCACUUCUAGACAGAGAAGGUGAUCACAAAAUUAUAUCUAGCCACAAUCCACAUCAUCACUAA